GGGAAGGGGAUCGAUCCUUGUUCUAGAUCCUUUCCCUUUUUUGCUGUUGCUCUAUUUCCUGUUCCGAGGGAGCGAAACAGACAGACAGACAGUUACGGUAUUCUAAACCUGUCCUUUACUGCAUUACCAUACGGUAAAAGGAAAAAAAAACAAGUAAAAAAAAACCUUUCUUGGAGCUCUCUUCUCCCCUUCCUACGUAAUCUUACAUUACUACUACGGUACGGUACUGCUCCUCCGGCAUACACGUUUUCCAUACUUAUUCAUGCCAGCAACGACGACAGCGCCCCCCACACACCUACAUAACGACAGCAUCAACAAUGGACAAACUCCCCCCAGAAACCGCCCGCCACAUCGUCAGCUACCUUACAAAACGCACAGAUGUAGCAUCACUCCGUCUCGUCUCUAGAACCUUCGCAAUCCUAGGCGCAGAGCUCCUCUUCCACACCAUCUCCUUCCACCCCUCCUACCCAAGCCUCUCCCGGCUCCGCAGGAUCUCCCAGCACCCGCAUUUGGCCCACAACAUUCGUGAGCUCGUUCUCGACCUGCCGCCUAUCCGGGACUUGAUCUGGGGGCCUUUCGUCCGGCAUUUGGAAGCCGAGGGUAUCGACAUCUCUGGCAGCGCGAAGAGGAUACCGGAAGCGUUUCGCUUGCUCACAUACCAUGUCGAUCAGUACUCCAAAUUGCAAACUUCCGGGGACUUUGCCAGUAUUCUGGCAGAGGCGGUGAGGGGGUUUCCGCGGCUGAGGGGUGUACUGAUGAAGGAAAAUAACGAACGAGAUCGGGAUUACUGGCUCAGUCAGAGCAGUCUUACGCUGGGGUGUAACGGGGGGUUUAAUUACCGGAUUGAGUUAUCGGCGGAAUUGCAUGGCUAUUCCGGUUCGAAGGAUCAUUAUAGGGCUUUCGCCGCACUGGUGGAUGCGGUGUAUUAUGCCGGGUGCAAGUUGGACACCUUUUACGUCGAUGCGAAGGUCGACCCGAGGAUGUUCUUUGAUAAUACAGUGAGGCUGGAGCGCGCUGGUGCUGUUUUCCAGAAUUGCCGAGUGCUCGGGUUGAAGAUGGAUAUUGAAGACUCCAUGGUAGAACACCUCAUCAAGACCCCGUUGUUCAACGUUAUCCUCCCCUCGAGUCCGAACUUGCAAAGCCUCACACUGCAAUUCGGCAUCUCCUGCGCGAGGGAGGCGAUCCCACUAUCCACAAUCUUCGGCUCAGAACACAUCUGGCCGCGCCUGCAAAAGGUCAGCUUCAGCUUCAUUGACAUGGAGGAUCAGGAAUUAUAUGCCUUUCUGCUGCGGCAUAAGAGCACCCUGCAGGAACUUUCCUUUUCAAUGUGCUCCUUGUACGCGGGCAGAUGGGAUGAUGCAAUGAUGUUUUUGCGCCAGAAUCUGGGCUUGGUAGCGUUGAGGCUCGAUCCCUUAUUUGAGCUCGCCGGCGAAUUUGAUUAUCUCUGUGAGAGCGAGCUCAAGAUGAUGGAGGAUUACGUGGUUAAUGGUGGAAAGUGUUUGCCGCCAAGGGAAGAUUAGACAGAAUGGUGGUCGUGUAUCUGGAGCGAGGCGGUCCUUAAUUCUUAGACGGGAGCAAGUGUGGAAGAAUGUGUCUGGAGAGGUAUUUUGUAAGAGUUGUACUUUAUAUUUCCCGAUUUUCUUCUAGGUGUUUUCUCUGGUGGUCGGUUGGUUGUCUUGUUUUCCCUUUAUUCUUGUUUCCUUUCCUGUUUCCGGGUUCGCGCUUCUCUCCUUUACAGGCUGUUUCCUCAAUUACUUGGUGUUGUACGGUAGGACACCAUUUUUAGAUAGACUAAUGACUGCCAUGAUUAGUGUUAGCUACACCCAAAAGCCGUUCCAGUUCCCCUCCAGAUGACUUGCCUCCCCUCCUACCCUCCCAUCUGCCAUCACUCGCCCGGGGUUCCCCCAGACAUCCACUUCAAAAAGCUCGCGUGGUGCGUCGGGUGAAAUCACAGAUCAACGAAAUAUCCCCUUUACGGAGCCAGUCUCAUAGCCCCCUCCACGCCUCAUAUCAAAUAUCACAACGUUCUUCUCCGUCACACCCGCCACCAUUUUCCCCCUCCCAAUGAAACUCAACUUCAUGAGGCCGGGCAUAAAUCCCAAAAUCCAGGAUUCUGCCUUUUUAAACCCAGCCACUGGAAGAUGCACCCUGGUCUGUCGGACCUUCUUACCUGUCGUGUAAGCCAGCUCGCCGAGGGGCAUUGAUUGACAUUCACCACGGGGCGCAAAGUAUGGGAGGGGUAGAUACAAUGAACCCGGGAGCGAAGCCGAGAUCGGGCUCGAAGGGGAGGGCAACUCAUUCGCAUCUGAAGUUGGUGGGCCAAUCUCUGUAUGGUGGCGCCCGAAGCAGCCGGGGACAGGUAUUCUCCGGCGUAGAUUCUCCAUAUCCACCUUCCAGAACCAUACUUCUCCAUUAUUGUAUCCAGCACAAAUCCCCAUAUUCCACCAUUUUAGCCCAUGCCCGAAGUAGCAAUGCUCAUGCCACGGAGCAAUUGCGAUGUGUGUGAUUCUUGUGGCCUUUUCCGACAUCCGAGGCGGGGGUGCGAGACUAUAACGAGCAUCCAAAACUUCUGUGCCCCCAAUAUCCAAUGUUGGAUCAGACAGAGAGCAUAUAAUUAUACCUUUCUUCGCAGUUACGAGAACGGUGCAAGUUUCACUCUCGAGGGGUAUGUCCAACCUGUGACACAUUUGCCGCACGGGGUCAUCUCCAACCAUUGCCAUCACGGUACGUGAAAAUGGCAUGUUUGCCAUUUUCAAGCUCUUCAACGGCCCCGGUUUUGGCAUUAUGGCUUUGUGGGACAAUUUACCAACCCUCUCGCGUAGUGUCGAUGGCUUUGGCUUUGGUAUAAUGUGGCCGUGAGGAAGUCGUAAUGUCUGGUUGUGAGCGGCUUCAGGAUGGUGAAACAUGGGGGCAGCCCGAGGGAGAGUCACAUAUGUCGCUGCAUGCUGCUCGGACAAGGCCUGAGCAGCCCUGGGUGCUGAAGUAAGACUUCCAACCAUGAAUCGUGGAGCCCAUAACGGAAGGGGGCUUGUUGGUUCUCGAGGAACGCUGCAGCUGUGGGAACCUCUGGGGGACCCAAACAUGGCUCGGAGCAGCUUUCGCGAGGUGUUAGGUCCAGAAUUCCUGGGGGUA